UGUGUUGUUGUGUUUUGGCAAUAAUCGACACUACAGCUGGUACUCAUUCAAUGCGCUGCGUUUGAAUUCAAAGAUACGUUUCUCUAAAAUUGCGUAAAAAAUAUUAACAGUUCUUCAAUUUCGCACAUAAUCUCGCUUCUUGGUUUCGAGUUUUAAUACGAAACAAGCACAAUGAGUCCUAAGCAUCUAAGCAAAGGAUCUAAGCUUCCUCCUCCAGUUCGUGGGAAAAUUCGUCUGUACAGCAAUCGUUUUUGCGCUUACGCGCAAAGGGUCCAUCUAGUUUUGGACGCCAAAAAAAUUCCGUACGAUGUAGUUUACAUUAACCUAUCGAGUAUACCAGACUGGUUCUACGAAAAAAGUCCAUUGGGUAAAGUUCCUGCUCUAGAAGUCGAGAGUGGAGAUGUCAUUUAUGAGAGCUUAAUAAUUGCCGAUUACUUAGAAGACAUAUGGACGACACAUCCGUUAUAUCCUAGGGAUCCCCUUCAGAAGGCAAAAGAUCGCAUUUUAGUUGACCAAUUUAACAAGGUAAUAAACGCCAUGUUCAAACUAAUUCUAAAUACAAAUCGAAGUUACAUAGAGGAUUACAGGAGCAUAAUAGUCGAAGGACUCGCUUCGUUCGAGAACGAAUUAAAAAGACGAGAGGGACCUUUCUUUAGCGGCCAUAAACCUGGAAUGUUAGAUUAUAUGAUUUGGCCGUGGUGCGAACGAGCCGAUUUAUUGAAACUAUUCGGCAGCCAUUUCACAAUCAAACCCGAUUACUAUAAAAAAUUGAUGGAGUGGCGUACCUUAAUGCGUGAUGAUCCGGCUGUGAAAAAAAGCUACAUCGAUAGUGCCACUCACAUAAGAUACGUUCAGUCUUAUCGUGCAGGUGUUCCGGACUAUGAUAUGGUUAUUUCUGUGUAAAUGAUUGUUGCUACUGCGUGGUUAUUUCUUCCUGUAAUAAAUUCAGAUUCUGGCACUAAUUAAGCACAAAAUAUAUUUAUUUAAAUGUUUGUUACUGAUACUAUUAAACUGUAAGAUGCGCCUUAUAUUUAGAUAUAUAGUUUAUGUAUAGGUGUAUGGUAUACUAACACUAAUGUGCAUUUAUUUUGUAUAGAAUAUGUAAUUUUAAUAAAUUUUGCACCUGAAAAGGUAACUAUUUUCUGA